CGAUUAAUUAUAUGCUGCUGUGGGGACAAUAAAUUAUUUGUUGACUUGAGUCAUGGCUGGAACGAAUCGUUCAAAAUCUCCAUACCAUGGUCCUACUAUAAAGGCGGUGGAAAAAGAAGAGAGUUUCUGGGAUAGAUUUAGUACAUUAGGCAGAAAGAAGGUAUCGAAGGAAGUGCAAAAAAUUCAAGAUGAAGGAAAAUAUGCAAUUGAUUCUCCUGGGUCUCCUAACCAGUAUGAUAUUCCGCCAGAAGACUAUGAACUGCGGGAUCUUGAACAAAGAGCUGUUAUAGAUCCUCAGUCUCUUAAUGAUCCCGAUGUUGUUAAAUUGAAACAAGUUCUUAUUGAUUGGAUAAACGAUGAACUAGCUGAACAACGAAUAAUUGUGCAGCGUAUCGAUGAGGAUAUGUAUGACGGACAGGUACACUAUUUGUAUUUACAAAUUAAUUUUUGCAGGUAUUAUUUAUUGAUAUAGUUUUUUCAAUACAGC